AUGUACUUAAAGGGAGAUUACAAGGUAAUUAGGUCUUCUCCAGUUAGUGUUUUGUAGGUUAUAGCUAUGUGCAUUCAUGGGCAACCCUAGGGCUCUUGACGAGUGGAAACAACAGUUCGUGGAUCAAUUUUCUUGUGAAAGUAAUCGAAUUGUUGUUCGCUAUUCUACUUUAAAAUUUCUUUUAUCUGAGAUACACCUAUCUGGAGUUAUUCUUUAGUUAGCUAGAGAUCUUUAUGGUCCGUCUACCGUAAAUGAUUUAAUAGACGCCCACUCUCAAAUAAACCCCUCUUAUCUAAUAAAACUAGGAAUAAGCGAAAUGAUGCAACAUCAUUCAAUUUAUUCAGUUUCUUGCGUGAUUAACAAGGUUUUGCGUAGUGUAUCGUGUUUAAUGUAAAGUUCAAAGUAAGGAUAGACUAACGAAUGGCAAAUCACUUACUCUGAAGGAGGAUUCUGAAAUAAAUUUUGAAAGAGUGGAUAACUAGACGGCGUACACGUAUCAAUUGAUGGAGUGCCCCUCUUGAUAAUUUCGCCCAUAGCAAUGCAGGGUGCUACCCAUAUAGCUACGAGAAUAAAUGCCUCUCUCUUUUAAACACCUCCUACCUAAUAACUGCCUCCUCCAAUCAUGGACCUCCAAAAUUAACUAAACGGCAAACUCAUGUUCUCGUUUGCAAUUGAUGGCUGUUUCUUAGGUCCACAUCAGUGAAGAUUCGUGCGUCCCUGAUCAUUGCUGCAUAUAUGCUCUGAGUGACCCCAAAGAUGAAUCCAUGAGGCAGAAAAGCAACCACGCCCAUGCUGAUCGCUGCAGCCAGUGUGAGGCCUUAGAUGAGCUCCUAGAUUCCAUAGAGAAAGUUGUUCAGGGUGCUAGUUUCUCCUUACCAGAAAAAAGAGAUGAAGCUCUCUACAUAUUUCAGCAUGUGCGACAAGCUAUCAUUCUGUGGAAGUGCCAUCAGAUACGCACCGUUAGACAGGACCAGGCACGCCUCGAAGUCCUCGACCGCCUAGACGAUAAAACCUUUCUUAUAACCAGUGACUGGGCGAUGAAAUUCUUACCCCAACACUUUAUAGAGACUCAAAGUGAUUGGUUCGGAAAGCGCGGGAUGUCGUGGCACAUCAGUGUUGUGGUACGCAGAGUCAGUUCGCAACUUCAAACCCAAACCUUUGUUCAAAUCUUACAGUCGAGUAACCAAGGUAGUUUCACCGUCGUUCUUCUCCUGGAACAUGUGUUACGUACGUUGAAGAGUGAACAUCCCGAGAUCCAGCAGGUGUACUUGCGACAAGGCAAUGCAGGGUGCUACCACAGUGUCACGACAAUUCUAGCCAUACCUGCUAUCCAGUCUUCAUCUGGAAUGCGUAUCCUUGCAGUAGACUUUUCAGACCCUCAGGGAGGAAAGGGUCCAGCCGACCGUAUGUCUGCUACCUGUAAGAAUCAUAUCAGAAGGUAUAUAAACGAGGGCCAUGAUGUAACGAAUGCGCAGCAGAUGAAAACCGCGAUCCUUUCCCAUGGCGGAGUCGAAGGCGUCAGAGUUGCAGUUGUUGAAGCUUCAAUUAACGAGACCCCAGAACAACGGAAGAUCCCUGGAAUAAAUAAACUUAAUAACUUUGAAUUUAAGAACGAUGGCGUCUUCGCUAGACGAGCUUACGCAAUAGGCAAAGGAAGGAAAAUCAACACAAAGCACGGACAAGGAGGUAGUUUUAAGGCUUUAUAUAUAAAAAUAUGUAUUUCCUUUCGAGUAUAAAUGAUUAUAUUUACAAUAGUGCUGCCUUGCACCAAAGCACCUGUACGUGCAAAGGGAAUAUAGAAAGGUUCAAAGGGUAUGAGCUAUUUGCUCUUUCCAAGGUGCCUUUUACAUCUUGACAUGUUUCAGCUUAAAGUAAGCUAGAUUAAUUCAACAAUUAUUGAACAAGGCUGGAAAUAUGCAGAAGGCGGAAGUUUCUUAUCGUCAGAAUAUGAAUGCAUGGAACUUUUUUCUCAAAAAAGGAGACACAUGUGUUACAUCCAACGAGCAUGAAUAUUCGUACAUACGUUCCGUUCACUUUUAGUCAAUAAUUCAGCUAUUUUCUCUUCGCACAUAGCCAUGAUUUCUUUCGCGAUUUUCUUGUGUUCUACAUUUAUGCCAAAACAGCGAUAGAUCUGCCGUGCUGCUGCCCGCAGCACGGCAGUGAUUGAAUAUAGGCGGCAUUUUCCGAAAAUGCAUUGGUUAACGCCAGCUAGUGAUGUAGGUAAGUCGGGUGAUUAAAGUUAAUCAUAAACGGCGAAUAUAUAUUAUAAAUUAAUCAUAAUUUUUAUUUAAGCUGGUGUUUCGUUUCAGACUCAAACAUGUAUUCGCUAAGGGCGCCCUUUUCGAACGGCGAUUUCAAAUCGCUUAGCAAGCAGUCUAAGCCAGCAAGGGAAUCCCAACCUGAAGAACAUGCAGCCGCAAAUAAUCCACUCGAGACACGCCCAACGGCAACCUACAGCUGCCCACAAGAUGGCUGCACUCGUGUAUUCCAGCGACAUUGCGCACUGGAAAACCAUUUGAGUUUUGAGAGAUGCUCAAAGUCUGUUGAAAGAGCGACACUUCUGGACCGUGCCAAAACAGAAUACGCCACACGCCUUUUGGAGGGAGUUGGCAAGAUUCCAACAUUGCCAAACACAUCGGGGACUUCAGCCUCAACAUGUACAGAACGAUUACAAGAGGGUUGGGCCUUAAAGCAAAUGAAGAAGCCAUAUCGUUUCAGCGACAAGCAGAAGUCGUACUUGGUUGAAAAGUUUAAUAUUGGGCAGGGUACGGGCCGAAAAGUGGAUCCAGAGGUGGUUGCAAAAGAAAUGCGAAGAGAAAAAGAUGAAAACGGUGUGCGCCUAUUUACAAUUUCAGAAUUUCUUACUCCCCUCCAAGUGUCAUCUUUCUUUUCAAGGCUGGCGGCAAAGGUACGACAGCAAACAGUUGGUGAACCAGUACUCGAGGAAGAGGACAUCACAGCGGCUAACGAGGAGGAAAACUUCGUCACCGCACGGCAAUCAAUUUUGGCAUCACUAAACUUGUUCCAUCCCAUAGUUUGUGGCCAAAAUAAUUUGUGCGAGUUGGUUAGGCGAAACACCCUCUCAAAGUUGAAAUUGGAUGAGCUGCAAUGCUGUUGUGCGGAGCUUGGCCUACCUGUCCCUGUUCCACCAGUACGGCGGAAAGCUCCAUACGUUAACCUGUUGAAAGAGCUUGUCAAGGAAUGCACCUGCAUGGAUGUCGAGUCACCCUAG